AUACAUGUCCCAGGGUGCACUGGGGCCUUUAAGACUGGUUGUGCCCUCCCUGGGAGGAAUUUGCAGUGACUGCCCUGGGGUAGCCCUAGAAAGUAGUGCCAAGACUAUACUGCGCAAGUAUAUGGGAGGAGCUAGGACAAAACUACACUAUCCAAAGUGCGUUGCGACCCGUUGAAGCGCUUUUUUUUAAGGAAAAGACUACUUUCCCAGCAUGCUUUGGGACACGCCGGAGCCGGCUUUCGCUCAAAAGACUACAUUUCCCAGGGGGUUUGGGAGCUCCGCUUCCUGGCUGGGCGCGGCUGCCGUUUCGUCAGGUAGUUUCAGGUUAUCGGGAGGUUGCCCCUCUCUCUGCACCCUCCUGGAAGAGGGGAUGGCAUCCCCUUGCGGGGACCACCCUAUCCCCAAGCCAGUUCCUGCCAAACCCCUCACGGACCUGGAUUUCCGUUCUGGGGCACGGAUCGAAGAGCUCAAUCAGCUCAUCCAAGAAUACGAGGCCAGGAGCCCAGGCACCCGAGACGUCCCAGAACUGCACCAGGCAAAAGAUGCCGUGUUCUCCCUGCUGGGUCUGGUCCAGAAGUCCGAGGGAAAGCUGCCACCAGUCAACCGAUACCUCAUCCUCUCCGGGGGCGCUCAGCUGGGCACUAUCAACACGGACCUGGGCAUGCUAUAUCCUCUUUCCCGCGGAGGUGACUAUGACACUGAUUUCACCCUCCUAGUGCCAAUUCUGAAUGCAACGGGGGUCCCCAUCACCUUGGACAUGAAGCAAAGCCCACCGGGCCACACCCAGAUCAGCCUCCGGCCCUUCGAUGCAGAAACGCUCCACCAUUGGUCGGACUGUUGCUCAGGAGAUGAGGCCUACCUGUCCGCCGAGCUGGUUUCCGACUGGUUUUUCCGUGCUUUUUCCAUGGCCGCCAAGGAUGUGAGGGUCGAGCAGCGUGGCUGCAUCACCUCCGUGGUCCUCUCUAUCGGCCUCCACCGAGUUCUCUACGACAUCGUCCCGGUGGUGGCCAUGAAGGGCUGGCCCGAAGUUGCCCAACCGUGGCUGACUCAGCCCCACUUCUGGGAUGGCAAGUUGAAGGACGAGGAGGUUGCCGGUGGCUUCUACCUUUUGCCUUCCAUUUCUGGUGCCGAUUGGCGCCUGGCGUUCUCGGCUAGCGAGCUGCACCUCCGGAAGAUGCUUCCCCUCCCCCUGGUCCAUGCUUUCCGGGCUGCCAUGGCUGUUCUAGGCGGCAGCCUUCUCAAGGGCUUAGGACCGUAUCACCUCUUCACCUUGACCCUCUGGUCGUGUGAGCGGCUCCCUACCAGCUACCUGGGCCGGGAGGAGAACGCCGCCCAUGCUCUGCUGGGCCUCCUAGAUGACCUCUCCUCCAGCCUGGUCCACAGGCGCCUUCCCAGCUACUUCCUCUCCCAGUGGAACAUUCUGGAAGGCCUUUCCAGGCGAGCCAUGGAGAACCUGGCCCAGGAGGUGGCCAGCGUGAGGGCCGAUCCUUGCCAGUACCUCCGCCAAGCUGUGGAAGGUGCCAAGGAAGCCAAACGAUUAGCCAAGGCCUUCAGGAACCAGAAUUCACCAUCUGUGGUGCUCCCAUAACUGCUGGGGGGGGGCAGAUGUGGGCCCAGCCUACCUCAUGUUCUUCAUGCAGAAAAGUGACAUGAGGGGGACUGUUCCUGAAUUCUCUUCACAAUGGCCACAUCCUCACCUUACAUUUAAAGCACUCUUAUACCACCUUGAACUUUCAUGGCUUCCCCCAAAGAUUCCUGGGAACUGUGUUAAAGAUGCCGAGACUUGUUAGGAGACACUCCCCCCCAUUCCAGUCACAGAGUUACAGUUCCCAGAGUUCCCUGCGAAGGAGGAUUGAUGGUUAAACCACUCUGAGAAUUGUAGCUCUCUGAGGAGAACACAAGUCUCCUAACGACUCUCAGGGCCCUUCACAAACUACAAUCCCAGGAUUCUUUAGUGGAAGCCAUGACAAUUUAAAGCGGUGUAAGAGUGCUUUAAAUGCUAUAGUGCAGAUGGGGCCCUAAGUGAGAUGCUGGAUUCUUGAAAUCUUUUCCCAACCCUGUGAGCCACAGCAGUUGGUGGCUACGUGGUUUGGGGAGAGCGAGGACCUCCAUUUCCUCUGCAGCAAAAGUGACUUUGGCCCAGGAACAGGGAACCCAUGGCCAUCCAGUUGUUGCUGGGUUCCUCACUCUCAUCAACCCCAGCAGCUAGCAUGGCCAACGCAAUCAAGGAUGAGGAUGGGAGUUCUAGUCCAUCACCGUCUGGAGGGCCACAGAUGCUCCCAAUGUCCCUGCCCUAGCAGAUUAAGAGGAAUGGGGGUUGGAGAGAAGACUAGGCAGGUUGCUGUGAAGAGGGGAGAGGCAUCUGAUGGGAUAGAACCAUAGGCUGGUGUCUCUGAUGUCAGUGGGGCAGUGAAUUUGCUCGAGGGUUUAGUCUGAACUUUCCUUGAAAGUUCGGACUAAAACCUGGAGCGGAUUCACUGCCCCACUGACAUCGAAGCCACUAGUUUCCACUGACCAUAGGGCUAGGGACCCUGGCCUUCUGGUGGUCCAUCCCAGAACCUUAAAUUGUGCCUUAAAUUGACAUUAAGAACCUCUGGUGCUGAAGCGAUGCUCCUAGAACACUUAUUUUGCUUGCGCUCGUGCAAUUUCAGGCUGUUGGCCUUUGAUGUAGAGUUUUGCCAAAGAGAAAACCCACAGUGGUGUGUCUGACAUCUCAGUUGUGGUUGUGUCUAAAGUAUUCUGGUGAGCUUGUCUCCAUCUUAAUAAUAUGAAUUUCUCGAGAGGGGACUGUCACUGGGGCUGGAUAACCUCAACUUCCACCAAAGCACUGAAACCUUAACAGAUGAACUCCAUUUCUUUAGGAUUGGGUAAAGUCUUGGGUGGAAGAUCAUAGUUGUCAAGGAUUCCCUGUAAGAGUCUUCCCAAACCUGGUGCCCUCCAAAUGUUCUGGACUACAACUCCCAUUAGCCUCAGCCAACAUAGGUGUGUGACGCUGGGGCUGAUAGGGGCUGUGGUCCAAAACAUUUGGAGGACACCAGCUUGGCCUAUAAUACCAGGGUAUCCAUGUAAUAAUCCAUAGCUAGCUAAUGUGGUCCCCUCUAGAUAUUUUGGACUACAGCUCCCAUCAUCCCUGACCAUUGGGCAUACUGGCUGAGGCUGAUGGGAGCUGGAGUUCAAAAUGUCUGGAGGGUGCCAGUUUGGCUACUCCUGCAGCAAUCACAUUUUUGGAGGAGGGUUGGUUGCAGAUCAUAAAUUUAUUUUCUAAAUCUAUACACCUCUUUAAAUAAAAUUUGGGGUGAACAUCUUUUUUUAAAAAAACAUAAGAUAUAAAAUUAUAUUGAAUGAAGGUAAUGAGAUUUUUGUAAUAAGUGGAAGGUGUUUUGCAGGCCUUGGGAUAAACUAUUUUAUAUUAAGCAGUGGUCUUUGUAUGCCGGGGGCCUAUGAAUAAAGAUUUCUAUGCAGAGAAUACUGUUUAAUAUUGUCAUGUGUGGAGAGGGCAUCUGGGAGAGAUGGAGAAAAGGGAGUUGGCAAGCGAGGGGGGAGGAAGAGGCUGGUGUACAUCAUCUGCAGAUGGCUAUAUCAGGCUUUCCCCAACCUGGUGCCCUCCCAUCAGCUCCAGCCAGCACGGCGCAUGGAUCAGACCACAUUUGGCAAUUUCUCAUAAACACCUCUGUUAUGAAGAUACCAAAAAAAAUAGCCUUAGCAAUACACUUAAAAUGCACUUCUCUUUUUGCAAUCAGAUAUUUAAUAUAUCCAGCGGCAGGCCUCUGAACCUCGCUGUCCAUCUUUCCUCCCUCCCCUUACCCCCAUUUACUGAAAUGGCAUUGCCAACUGACCAUAUGGUGCACCCCUGCAGAUUGCGCUGUUUUUUAAAGGCACAGCAACAGAAGCUGGCUAAAGAGUUGGCCAUCCUGUGCAGAAAUCUCCUUGCUCCUCUUCUGUCCCACUCUUGAAUCCUGUGGCAACCGAAACGUAAAACAGUGCUCCCAUGAGAAAGGAAGGGGAAGUGGGUUAAUUGCCAUAUACCAAU